GUAAUUUGAGCGCGUGCGCAGAAUCCGAGCGGACUGACUCCUGUGGGGCUUGUGCUGGGGCUUGGCUGCUGUGCUCCCGGUUCCCAGCUCUGCUCCCAUGCGACGCCAGGAUCGGCCAUGAACCGGUGCGCAGAGGCGGCAGCGGUGGCGGCCACAGUGCCGGGCGCGGGCGUCGGGGACUCCGGACUGCGGCCGCCUAUGGUGCCCCGACAGGCGUCCUUCUUCCCGCCGCCCGUGCCCAAUCCCUUCGUGCAGCAGACGCGAAUUAGCGCGGCCCAGCGGCUGCAGAUUAUUCUUCUUGGAAUUAUCCUGCUUCCCAUUCGUGCUUUAUUGGUUGCAUUAAUUUUGUUACUGGCAUGGCCAUUUGCUACCAUUUCAACAGCAUGCUGCCCUGAAAAACUCACCCAUCCAGUAACUGGUUGGAGGAGGAAGAUUACUCAGCCGGCUUUGAAGUUUCUGGGUCGUGCCAUGUUCUUCUCGAUGGGAUUUAUGGUUACUGUGAAAGGAAAGAUUGCAAGUCCUUUGGAAGCACCGAUCUUUGUCGUUGCCCCUCAUUCAACGUUCUUUGACGGAGUUGCCUGUGUUGUGGCUGGGCUGCCGUCCCUGGUGUCUCGAAAUGAGAAUGCCCAGGCCCCUUUGAUUGGCAGACUGUUACGGGCUGUGCAACCAGUUUUAGUGUCUCGUGUAGAUCCAGAUUCCCGAAAAAACACAAUAAAUGAAAUAAGGAAGCGAGCAACAUCUGGAGGGGAAUGGCCUCAGAUACUAGUUUUCCCAGAAGGUACUUGUACUAAUCGUUCCUGUUUGAUUACUUUUAAACCAGGAGCCUUCAUCCCAGGAGUCCCUGUGCAGCCCAUCCUUCUGAGAUACCCAAACAAGCUGGAUACUGUGACUUGGACAUGGCAAGGAUAUACAUUCAUCCAGCUUUGUGUACUUACUUUCUGUCAGCUCUUCACAAAGGUAGAAAUUGAGUUUAUGCCUGUUCAAGUUCCAAGUGAUGAAGAAAAAAGUGAUCCUGUUCUUUUUGCCAGUAGAAUCCGGAAUUUAAUGGCACAAGCUUUGGGAAUACCAGUAACAGAUCAUACCUAUGAAGAUUGUAGACUGAUGAUUUCAGCAGGACAGCUAACGUUGCCUAUGGAAGCUGGGUUGGUAGAAUUUACUAAAAUUAGCCGGAAAUUGAAAUUGGAUUGGGAUGGCAUUCGUAAGCACUUGGAUGAAUAUGCGUCUAUUGCAAGUUCCUCAAAAGGAGGAAGAAUUGGGAUCGAAGAAUUUGCAGACUACUUGAAGUUACCUGUUUCAGAUGUCUUGAGACAACUUUUCGCACUCUUUGACAGGAAUAAUGAUGGCAGUAUCGACUUCCGAGAGUAUGUCAUCGGUCUGGCUGUCUUGUGCAACCCUGCCAACACAGAGGAGAUCAUCCAGGUGGCAUUUAAGCUCUUUGAUGUCGAUGAGGAUGGCUACAUAACAGAGGAAGAGUUUUCCACCAUUCUACAGGCUUCUCUUGGAGUACCUGACCUUGAUGUUUCUGGUCUAUUCAAGGAAAUUGCCCAAGGGGACUCUAUUUCCUAUGAGCAAUUCAAAAGUUUUGCCCUAAAGCACCCAGAAUAUGCCAAGAUAUUUACAACAUACUUGGACCUCCAGACAUGUCAUGUGUUUUCAUUACCAAAUGAAGUCCAGACAGCUCCCUCUGUUGCAAGUAAUAAAGUCUGUCCUGAAAAUCAUGAAGAGAGUACCUCAGAUAAAAAAGAUGAUUGAAGGCAGUAUUCCCUCUGAAGAAAACUCAGUGGCUUCUGCGUGCAAUUCUAAAGACAUUCAUUGAUAAUAUUGAAAAUGUGUCUGUUGAGUAAUCUUUAAAAUAGAAGCUUUUUAAUAAAAGUGAUAGAUUUUCUUACUAAAA